AAUACAGUUAUAGUAAUUGUCUUAAUGUCCUUCACUUGUAGUUCUGUCAUCUGUGGCAGUUCUAGGUCGGGUUUGACUGACUGUUAUUAUGGAACAUUUUGGUUAAAUAAAACAAUGACUGUGUGAAAAAACUGAAAUUGAUAUUUGUGUUCGGGUAAGGGAAAAAAAAAAAAAAAUCAAUGGUGCCAAAGGAGGCUUCACAGAGGUACAGGCUGAUCUGGGUCUUAAAAUAUGUCAAGAAUUCAUUUAGGCAAGAAAGAAGCCACCUGGUAGGGAGAACAGCCCAGGUAAAGGUGAGAAGGCAGGAAUGAGUGUGGGGUACCUUCAGCAUACAGUGCAGAGGCUGAGAAAAAAAUGGGAAAUCAACAACUUGAGUUAUUUGGAGCCUGGUGCUCCAAGCGCAGCCCUAAAGAAGUGCUUUAAAGAUUUCUAAGCACGGUAAAAAACUCGUUGCCAUUGCGUCGAUUCCGACUCAUAGUAACCCUAUAGGACAGAGUAGAACUGCCCCACAGGGUUUCCAAGGAGCGACUGGUGAAUUCAAACUGCUGAUGUUUUGCCUAGCAGCCGAGCUCUUAACCACUGCACCAUCAGGGCUCCAUCUAAGCAGGGUAAUCUCACAGAAACCCACAGUUUAGGGAAACUAACCUUAGAGAUCUAGAUAAAAUGAAAUAAAGGGGAAGAGAUGAGAGGCAGGAGACAGAGGUCUGGAGGCUGGUAUUUUAGUGCAGACAGGCAGAAAUAGAAACAUGAAGAGGUUAGGAAAUGGAGGAAUUAGAAAAGCAGUUCCUGUUUUGAACCUGUACUCUUCACAGAACCUUAACCUUGGCAGGAAGGAGGAAGUUGGGGGGAGGGAAGCUACACCCAUGGAAAAGUAAGGAAUUUUGCAACCCGAGUUUAAGGUGUUGGGUAUUCUGGGUAGAGAUGUAGGGCCGCAAACUGGAAUGGAGGUCAGAAGCAGACCAGAUGGACUGUCCUUAUUUCAAAGGCGAUAGCUUGGCCCUAAACAGGAGUUCUGGUUCUCUUCCCACCACUUGUAUGAUGACCUGAGAGCUUACUUAACCUUGUUGAACCCCAGUUUUCUCAUUUGCCAGCUGUCAUGAGGUUUUUGCGAGAAACAAAUGAGCCAAUGGACUUGGAAAUAUUUCCAUGGUUAGCAAAGUAAAGGGUUUUAUAAAAUAGAUGAUAAUGAAAAUCAUUUUUAUUAUUAAGCAUGUGAAUGAGUGAGAUCUUAGAGGACGACUGCAGAGAAAGAAGAUCAGAGAUCCCAAGGUUAAAACUUGGAGGAAUUUCACAGUAUCUCGUCCAAAAGAAAAGUCUGUGAUGGAGGCAGAGGUAAACUUGGAGAGGUAAGAAACUCUCAGUAUAGGGGAGUGCUUUGGGAUGGGCUCUGCAUAGCAUUAGAAACUCAGGUGGUCAGUAAACACUUAUGGGAGGUUUUGGGAAGCUUUCAGAGUCAGAGUGAACAUGUGAUGGAGGAAAUAUCGUCCUGCAGAGGUCACUACCCUGACCUGAGAAACCCCCAGAUCAAUCAGAUGGCUGAGAGGUCACCUCAGGGACCACGGGAAAUCCUCAACUGUUUUCUGUCCAUCUUGAAGAGUGUGUUAACAAGAGGGGGUAGUCUGAUCCCAAUUUCCAUCUCUAGCUCCCAGCCCCAAUUCACACUUUUUCUUAUCCCAUCACCGUCAAUUUUCCAGCACCCCAACCAUCGGUGUCUCCCUCCACCCAGUCCAUUCUCCAGAUAGAUCCUUCUAAAACAAAAAUCUGACACAUCACUCCCCUGUUCAUAUCCCUUCCAUAGCUCCCCACUGCCUCAGGUUGUACUCCUUAGACACACAAGACCCUGUUUCUAUAAUCUGACUCUACCUCUCUGGUGUCUCUCCUACCACUUCCACGGUACCCCUGCUCCAGCCAGACCUACUUAGCAGUUUCAAACAACCACCACCCUGGGCUCUCAUCACUCCCUGUCACUGCAAGUGUUGUUUCUUCCUCUAGGAUGCCUUCCUAGACGUUACUUGGAAAGCCGUUCCUAAGCCCCAGGCUGAGCCACAUGCCCCAUGCCAUAUCCAUGUCAAGUCUUUCUCUGACAGACAUCCUAGUGAAGGCAGAGGAAAUCAGUGUCUGUUUUCUCUGUACAGUCCCUCCCGCACCAUAUUUUCCCAAACAAAUCCUAAUUUCAAGUCAUCUUUCCGGUUGUCAGUCCAUUUGUCCUCAUCUGGGGUUAGGAAAAUACGGUUUCCAAAAUACACAACCCCUGUAGCCUGGGCAGAGGAGAGAGAGCCUAGGCAAGGGGCUCCCUAGCCAGGGAGCGCUCCACUUGCACUUCCCGAGGCGGCCUCCAGGGGCCGCCGGUCUCUUUGUUUUCCUUUCUCGCCCGGGGUCGGGGUCGGGGCCGGAGGCCUGCAGAGCGCAUGCUCUGGGGCAGUUCGCGGCCGGGCCUGAGAGCGCUGGAGUUGCGUGUGGCCGAUCUGUGCCCAGGAGAGGAACAUGCCACCUAAGCGCAUAGCUAAGAGAAGAUCACCCCCGGAAGAUGCUACCCCCAAAAGCAAGAAAGUGAAGGACCCUCGUAACCAGGCAGCGAGGGCCGCCGCCUCCCGCCGUGUUCCCGGCGCCGGCUCCUGCCCAGGUGCCUACCGGCCAAGCCCUCCUGACCAGAAAACCCGACCAGUCUCUCAUAGAUCCCACAACACAGAACCAGGCAUGGUGCUGACACUGGGCCAGGGUGAUGUGGGCCAGCUGGGGCUGGGUGAGAAUGUGAUGGAGCGGAAGAAGCCAGCCCUGGUGCCCAUUCCAGAGGAUGUUGUUCAGGCCGAGGCUGGGGGCAUGCACACAGUGUGUCUGAGCAAGACUGGCCAGAUCUACUCCUUCGGCUGCAAUGAUGAAGGUGCCCUGGGAAGAGACACAUCAUUGGAGGGCUCAGAGAUGGUCCCUGGGAAAGUAGACCUGCAAGAGAAGGUGGUACAGGUGUCAGCAGGAGACAGUCACACAGCGGCUCUCACCGAGGAUGGCCGUGUCUUCCUCUGGGGCUCCUUCCGGGACAAUAAUGGAGUGAUUGGGCUCUUGGAGCCCAUGAAGAAGAGCAUGGUGCCUGUGCAAGUACAGCUGGAUGUGCCCGUGGUGAAGGUGGCCUCAGGGAACGACCAUUUGGUGAUGCUGACGGCUGAAGGUGACCUCUACAGUUUGGGAUGUGGAGAGCAGGGCCAGCUGGGCCGUGUGCCUGAAUUAUUUUCUAACCGUGGUGGCCGACAGGGUCUUGAACGACUCCUUGUUCCCAAGUGUGUGAUGCUGAAAUCCAGGGGAAGCCGGGGCUACGUGAGGUUCCAGGAUGUCUUCUGUGGUGCCUAUUUCACCUUUGCUAUCUCCUGUGAGGGCCAUGUAUAUGGCUUUGGUCUCUCCAACUACCAUCAGCUUGGAACCCCAGGCACAGAAUCUUGCUUUGUACCCCAGAAUCUGACAUCUUUCAAGAACUCCACUAAGUCUUGGGUGGGCUUCUCUGGUGGCCAGCACCAUACGGUCUGCAUGGAUUCAGAAGGAAAAGCGUACAGCCUUGGCCGGGCUGAGUAUGGGCGGCUGGGCCUUGGGGAGGGUGCUGAGGAGAAGAGCACACCCACCCUCAUCCCCAGGCUGCCUGCCGUCUCCUCAGUGGCUUGCGGGGCCUCUGUGGGGUAUGCUGUGACCAAGGAUGGUCGCGCUUUCGCCUGGGGCAUGGGCACCAACUAUCAGCUGGGCACAGGGCAGGACGAGGACGUCUGGAGCCCUGUGGAGAUGACAGGCAAACAGUUGGAGAACCGCGUGGUCUUGUCUGUGUCCAGCGGGGGCCAGCACACAGUCUUAUUAGUCAAGGACAAGGAACGGAGUUGAUGAAGCCCCUGAGGGCCUGGCUCCCAGCCCCUCAGGCUCCCUCACAGAUCAGGGAAGCAGUGACAACUACAGAUUCCAACAGCCCUCCCCUCAACCCUGAGCACUCUGUCAUCUCCUGCCUUUUUUCUCAUCAGCGGAACAGAAUCUCUUUAUUCUUUUUUUCUUCCUUUUGGGGGUCAUCCUGGGACCUGCAGGAUGAAGGGACGGAUGGAAGAGGGGAGGAGGCUUGUGUCAGAAGGAACACUGCUCACCCCAGAGCUGUGUGGUUAGACCUUUUCCACCACAUCCCUACCUCUCAGGACCCUGGCUGGUCUUGGCCUUACCCACCAAAAAACCAAAACUUGCUCCCCUAGGGGUUUGGUGCCCACACUGAACAGUUUGGGCUCUAUCAAGCCCCACCCCAGUCAUGUGCCACUCUUCUUGCCCCUAACAUUGCACAGGCAGACACACAGUACAGUCGCCAGACCCAGCUAUCAUGGCCCCAUGCUUUGGAGAAACUGGAGAAGGGACUGGGCUAACCAGCCACGGGCUGCACUUAUCCAAACGUUUGGCUCCGAACAGGUGUCCACAGGGCAAAAAGGACAGUGAUCUUCCACUUGACUGAGAAAAAAGCCGACCAGUCAUUCUCCCAGAAGCACAAAGCAUUCUCCUGCCCCUUGGCACUGCCUGCUUAUCCGAUGUAUCCGACCUGCCUCACAUACAUCCAAAGGCCCGGAACGCAGAAGGGAAACUAGGCGGGGCAGGGCAUGGGGGGAGAAGGGAUGGGGGUUUUUAUUAGUGAACUUGCAGCAAUAUUGAGGAAGGGUAGUGGGAGGAAGGGGAAGAGGAUUGGGGGGCAGGGGCUGGUCCCAAGAAAGGGAAGUGGCAGCUUGUACAGUGGCUGAGAACAUAGAAAAUAAUUUUGAUUUUUUUUUUUAAUGUAAAAUAUUUUGGAAGGGAGAGUGAAAUCUUUUAACGUUUUAAAUAAAUUUAGAGUUUUCUAAAAACAGGCCCCUUGUGUUCUACACACUCCCUGCUUUUUUAAGGGAACACCUGUUAUGUGCUGGGUGCUGUUGGGAAGGGUAGAAUAAACACCUGUCUGUGAACCUGGUGCCAAGGCGAGGACUUGAGACAAAAGACGCCUGAGGUGCUGGCAGUCAGCUGCUGAUGUGGUCAUUCCAAAGACUCCGAAUCCAUACAGCCGAAGUUGGUUGAGUUUUGUUUAAUAUUUAUGUUUUGGGAAUCACUGGAUUUUUUUUUUUUAAUUAUGCUGCAUAAUGUUCAACAGAAAUAGCAAGGAUCUUUUAGCAUCCUAAUUCCAUAUUGAAAUUUUUCAAGUACAGUCCAUCUCUAGAAAUGCUUUUUUUUUUUUCUAAGCUUGCUCUUGUAUCAUUUUCAACAGCUAGUGCAAUUUUUAAAACAUUAUUGCACAAUAACUGAGAACAAGCUAUGUAAUUUCAUGUAGACUGUUUUUACAAACUUUUGAGCAACCAAAUCAUAGAGCUGACCUGUCCAAUGUGGUAGCCACUAGCUACGUGUGACUGUUUAAAUCCAUUACAAUUUAAAAAAAUGUAAAGUUCACCUCUUCAGUUGUGGUACCUACGUAUCAAGUACUCAGUAGCCACAUGUGACUAGUGACUGUGCCAUUGGACCAUGUAAAUACAGAAGAUGUCUAUCACUGCAGAAAGUUACAAUGGGCAGUGCUGAUGUAGAGGGUCUGUAUCUGUGUAGUAGGCGAUUUAUUAAAGUAGCAGGAGGAUUCUUGGAUGUUGGUGGCUCUUGGAAAAGUGAAUGUGAUGUAAAAUAAUCUAAAAUGUAUUCUGUGGUUUGUUUUUCUUGACAUCUUAGUCUUAAUUCAGGCCCUAUACUGAUUAGAAAUGGACUUCUUAAAAGGGGAAAUCUUACUUUUUUUUUUUAAUAAUUUUUAUUGUGCUUUGAGUGAAAGUUUACAAAUCAAGUCAGUCUCUCACAUAUAAACUUAUAUACACCUUACUACGUACUCCCGUUUACUCUCCCCCUAAUGAGUCAGCCCGCUCCCUCCUUCCAUUCUCUCCUUUUGUGACCAUUAUGCCAGUUUCUAACCCCCCCUACCUUCCCAUCUCCCCUCCAGACAGGACAUGCCAACAUAGUCACAUGGUGCAAGUAGCUCACUCAUCAGCAUCUCUCUCCAACCCAUUGUCCGGUCCAAUCCAUGUCUGAAGAGUUGUCUUCGGGAUUGGUUCCUGUCCUGGGCCAACAGAAGGUCUGGGGGCCAUGACCACCGGGGUCCUUCCAGUCUCAGACCGUUAAGUCUGGUCUUAUGAGAAUUUGGGGGUCUGCAUCCCACUGCUCUCCUGCUCCCUCAGGGGUUCUCUGUUGUGUUCCCUGUCAGGGCAGUCAUUGGUUGUAGCCAGGCACCAUCUAGUUCUUCUGGUCUCAGGAUGAUGUAGUCUCUAGUUAUGUAGCCCUUUCUGUCUCUUGGGCUCAUAAUUACCUUGUGAGCUUGGUGUUCUUCAUUCUCCUUUGAUCGGAAAUCACACUUUUGCUCUUACUAUCUUAAUAUUUUCUUUAUAAAGAGGCACUUGUGUGUCCAUUUCCCACCUCCCUCAUCCAAAAAAAGAAACUCCAUUUGGAUUACAUUUGUUGGAGCUUUCCCUUUUGACAGUAUAGCAGGUUGAAAGUACCCUCAUGUCCUUAAAAUAACAGCUCCUGUGUCUUGGGCAUUUAAAAUGGACCAGGCAUUGUGCUGAGCACUUUAUAUGCAUUAGUGCAUUUAAUCCUUACAUCAACCCUGCAAAGUAGGGAUUACCACUUCUGUACAAAUGGGGAAACAAUCCCUAACAGUCAAGUGGCUUGCUUGAGGUCAAGAAGCUACUAAGUCCACAGGCUAGACUGGAAUCUAAAUUUUAGGCCUCCUCUUGAACCCAAAACGUCAAUUCCUUUUCUUUGUAUUGCACGUAAGAGUUUUAUAAAGCUCUCUGUAAGUGCUUUCCAUAUAUUAGAACAGUGCGAGACACGUAAUAGAUGCUGUGUAAGUGUGCUAUGGUAAUUGUACAUUUUUUAAAAUUUCCUGUAGUUCCCUUAUUUUUCAUGUGCUUUAUAUAUAUAUAUGUGUGUGUGUGUGUGUGUGUGUGUGUAUCAUUAAUUCAGUGCCAGUGUCUAUAAGUGUCAAGUAUGUUGUGUAUUCGAACACAUCAAAUAAUCUCUCAAUUUCAUCUUUCUCCAUCCUCCAGUCUGGAUUGAUUACCCCCCAAAAAAUUUGUAAUCAUAGUGUCUCAUAUGGCUCAGUUAUACUUUUUACAAAGUCAUAAUAAUGUAAAUGUUUAAUAGUGUUUUAACAAAAAUUAUGGAAAGAUGGAAAAGUGUAUAUGUAUGGAAGGGGCAAUUGCUAAAAUAUCUGAAACUACAAAUGAAGAAAAAGUAGUGUAUGUUAUUUAGCAAUAGAUUCUGGCAGGGGCAGGGGGAAGGUUUGAAAAUAGUUCCUUCAAGGGAGUAGGAAUUGGGGGCAGGGAUGGGUGGAUGGGGUCAGGGACUGCUGCUUAUUUAUAUCAUUCAUUUAACAAAUAUUUUUUCAGUGCCCACCAUAUCCCAGACAUUGUUGUAGGUGCUUGACUAGAAAACAAAAUGGACAAAGAUCCCUGCCCCAUGAAGCUUAUUCUAAAUUAAAAAUGAAUAUAUAUAAAAAUUUUCCAAAUGUAAAAUAAUUUUAAAAAAUAGGAAAGAGCAUAGCACAGUGGCUGGCAAUAAAUAAAUAGUGACAAUUUGAAGGCUUCCAACUGCUGUGUUGGAGAAUUUACUGGGUGCCAGGCACUGGGCCAAGUGCUUUCCCAAGUUCUUAUAUUCUUUUCCUCACAAUAAUUUUAAGAGGUAAGCACUGCUAUUAUCCACAUUAGGCUCAGAGAAGUUAACUUGCCAAAUUGGCUAGCAGUGGGGCUGGGACUGACGCUCCGUUUGUUUGACUAUGCCCAAAGUACCUUUCACAUCCCACUCUACUACUACAGUGAAAGUGGGAUAAAGCUGGAAAUUUGGCAACUCGUGGUUGGGCCUCUGUUUUCAGGCUGAUGGGUUUGUGGAUUCACCCUAAGUUUAGGAUUUACAGGCAGGUAAGGAAGCGCCUUAGUGGCCCUUCACGCACUUGGAGCAAGCUUCACUGUCAGAUGACCUGUCAGCAAUAGAAGCUUCUCACUGUGAGAAAUGAGCACUAAAAUGAGACUGAGGCCUAGGGAGUCUCAAAACUAAGGUGUCGGAAUUAGCUAGUCGUCCUAGCCAUGUUUACUAAGGGUCUGCUGUGUGAAGGUCUGUUCUUGGACAGGUUAGAGCUCCUGGCAGGUUGGUCUAGGGUGGUGGGAGUAGGGCUGGAAAGAGGUUGAAGGAUUUAAUGGAUAUUAGGAGCCCUGGUGAUGCAGUGGUUAAGAACUCAGCUGCUAACCAAAAGGUAGGCAGUUCGAAUGCACCAGCUGCUCUUUGGAAACCCUGUGGGGCAGUUCUGCUCUGUCCUGUAGGGUCACUAUGAGUCGGAAUUUGACUCGAAUGCAACGGGUUUUUGAUUUUUGUUUUAGGAGGUAUAGUGACAGGACUUGGGGACUGCUGGGUCGUUGAGAUAACAAGGUUGUCCCAACCUCGCUUCAACAAAUCUCCAGUCUUGCAGAGUGGG